CCGCCACCUCCUCAGGUUCCUCCGCCUCCUCUACACGACCCAGGCCCUCUAUCCUUGAGAAGAGGCCGUAUUCGAGCUCCUUCGCGGGCCCGGGGCGCAGCCAUGGCGGACGGCGGCGGUGGCGGGGGCACGGGCGCAGUGGGCGGCGGCGGAGCGGGCCAAGCCUCGGCGGGGUCGGCCACAGGCGCGACGGGGGCCGGCGGAAGCGGCGGCCCCGUCAACCCGGCCUCCCUGCCUCCCGGCGACCCGCAGCUCAUCGCUCUCAUCGUGGAGCAGCUCAAGAGCCGGGGCCUGUUUGACAGCUUCCGCCGGGACUGCCUGGCCGACGUGGACACCAAGCCAGCUUACCAAAACUUGAGGCAGAAAGUGGAUAAUUUUGUGUCAACACAUCUGGACAAGCAGGAAUGGAAUCCUACAAUGAACAAAAACCAGUUGCGCAACGGUCUGCGGCAGAGCGUGGUUCAGUCAGGGAUGUUGGAGGCUGGAGUGGACAGGAUCAUCUGUCAGGUGGUGGAUCCCAAACUAAACCACAUCUUCAGGCCACAGAUAGAACGAGCAAUUCAUGAAUUCCUGGCGGCCCAGAAAAAAGAAGCUGUGCCAGCGCCCCCUCCAGAGCCUGAAAGCCAGGACCCUCCAGCUCCAUCGCAGGACGCUUCCUAAGGUCCGGUAGCCCGUCUUUUGUCCGGGAGCACUCACCUCUGGCUUAGAGAUGUAUAAAAUGGAUAGGAAAGGGAAUAUGCCUGACACAUUUUGGAAGCUCUAUCGAAUUGAUGGUGGAGAAAUAGAUUCGGUUACAUAAGAGUACAACUUCAGAAUGAAGACAGGCCAAGGUCAGCACUGACUUCAAGAUUCAACCUUGACUGUGGGGCAGUGUCCAGAUUGAACAGGGAGCAAGUUUGGCAGUAGGAGAGGUGACCAUGUGUGCCCCCGCAUUGUGCUGCCAUCUGGCCAGCCUGUCCAAGGGGAUGACUCCCAGUAGACACUACAGAGAUAUAAAGAAACACUACACCAACCUGGGGUGGUCCUGGACCUAACCUUUAUACUUGAACUUUGAGACUGUGGGUGGAUUUUAGGGUUUGUGCUUGGGGAUAAACAAAAGCUACAAUGAAGAAACAUAAGCAGUCCUGAAGACGCGACCCAAGAACGACAGUCAAGGUUAGCUGGGAGGGGGUGUUUGGCAGUGCUUAUUUGACACCAUUUCUCAGAGUUGCAAACUGGAAUGUACAAACCAUUAGCAUCAGAUAGCUUUAAGGUGGUUGUGACCCUCUUGUACAUGAAUCUUGUAGAGGAGGUGACAGAACAUGGGUCCCUGGAUGUGUGAGCAAGUCCAUAUGGUAGGGAUGAGGAAAAACAUUCUCAGGCUCUCCCUCCAGGGCUUUUUCCUGUCCUGCAAGGGCUAGUGAGUCUUGGGUGCGUUUAUUUUAUUCUCAAGUUUGUGUUUUUUAGAAAAAAUAAACAAUGAUAAAUGGCUUGAGUUUUAUAAUAAAAUCAUCUGAUACUCGUA